GGCGGCCAGUAUAAAGUGUGGCGUGGACACUGUUUAGUUGGGUUCUACUUGUUAUACGGAACAAUAAAUAAAUAAUUAAAGGCAACCUCUUAGGCAGGGUAAAAAUGCUUAAAUUAACAGAAUACGAGCUGGCGCCUUCUCAAUAUUAGUCAACAAAAGAAAAAUAACAAUCUGUUCUGCCCACAAACAUUCAUUCUUUUACUGUCUUUCAUUUUCCCUUCUUUUUGUCUUCUUCUGUCCAAACUCUUUACCCUUCACCAACUUCCUAUCUGUUCUGUUCUGUUCUUGUUGAGGUGCGUCUUCUGUGCAUCCCCGGCCCGGCAGCAGACGACGCCAGGACUUGCUGAAACCUUAGUGUGGCGUGGCGGCUUACAACGGGAAUAUGGAGGUGUGCAUGCUUAGUGUGUACAGUUACUAGCAAUGUAUGUAUCGCAAUGUUGUAUAUGCAGUAAAAAAAAUAUUGUGUGCAGAGAAAAGUAAGCAAAUAUGAAGUAUUACACGUAUAUUUGGUCCUUAAAUAGUGAUGGCCAUGACUGACCGGGAAAGAAGCUCAUUUUGGCGUUAUGGCGUAUUGAGAUAUUGUUAGUGUGUAAAUAGAUGGAAAAUUUAAUGUUUCAUAUACCUUGCUACUGAAAGUGCAGUAAACAUAGCGAGUUAUGCUAUAAUGGACAUGUAUCCGGUCCUCAACACAACGUACUCUGGAUGGUGGCCCAGACAGAAUCCAGUACACCUGCAGAGCAAAGGAAGGAGGACCAAUUCAGGUGAAAAUGGUCAUAUUCACCAGGGAGCAGAAAAGGAAAGUAUUUCAGGAUGUUCAUGACUCCAGUAGAGGAGGAGCUCACAUGGGCAUCACUAAAACUAUUGCCAAAACUACAGAGAGAUUUUAUUGCAUAGGCAUUAAGAAAGGUGUAGUGAAUUGGACAGGUGAGUGUGACUGAUGUCAGAGAUCUGAAAAGAUGAAAACUGUAGCACCAGUCCUGAAUCCUAUUAAGAGUGAAGGCCCUUGGCAGAUGGUUGAUGUAGAUUUGAUGGGGCCCUAAAAGAAACUCAGUCUGGCAACAAGGACAUCUUUACUUUAACAGACUUACACUCCAGAUUUAUAGAGGCAUUUCCACUGCCUUCAAAAUCUGCUGAUCUGGUAUGUGAUGUAUUGCAGAGUAUUUUCCACUGUUCUGGUCCCCCAGGGAAAACCUUAACUGAUCAGGGAAAGGAAUUCUGUAAUACAUUAAAUGACACUCUUUUCCAUUGUCCAAGUGAAGCACCUUGUAACACUUGCUUGCCACCCCCAAACUAAUGGCCAGGAUGAGAGGACCAACCAGACGCUGAAGGGCUCUUUAACUAAAUUGGUAAAUGAGAAUCAGAAUGACUGGGACAAACACUCGGAGGCUGCUCUGUUUGGUAUAUGAACAUCAAUGCAAGCUUCAAUAAAGUGUUCUCCCUCUUUCUUGAAGUUUGGUAGACAGCCAACACUGUUUGUUGAACUGCACCAAAAUGAUCUUCAUGAAAAAGUUGAUAUUUUAGAAUUCCCAAAUUUGAGCCCCUCAGAUGAGUCAGUGGAAUCAAGAAAGAGUCGCUUGACAGCCAUAAAAGAAAAAGUUGGCAGUCAUGUUGCUAAAGCACAAGCUGAACAAAAGAAAUAAUAUGAAAUGAGGAAAGCUAAAGGACAUAAGUCAUUUGACUUUAAGAUUGGAAUGAAAGUUGUUGUAAAGAAUAAUAAAAAGCAAGGAAGGAAAGGUUCCUGGCUUGAGGAGGACUGGCUUGGACCUUAUGACACACCCAGCAUCUUAGAUAACUCUGUACAAAUCACCACAAAUGGAAAACUCCUUCAAAAUAAAACUGCAUUAAUUCACAUUAAACUUUAUAAAUCCCUCAGUAGGUACUGCACAGGAGCAUGCACAACUUUGUGGCCAAAUGCUGCUGCCAUCAGCUGCAGGGAGUGCUUCUGCUGUCUCUGUCUUUCCAGAAUCCAUGGCAUCUGGGGAGGAGCCUGGAGAGGACAUUCACCAGUCACAGACCAUGCUGGUGUGAGGCAGCAGCCUGAGGUGCUCCUUUGUAAAGGAUUGCACCAUAUCACUCCCCUUGAUGUGCUCCUUUGUGAAGGGUCGCACCAUAUCACUCCCCUGCCUCUCACCACUGUCAGUAAGGAAUGCAUUUCAGAAUCCUCAGCAUAUGGGGAGAAGCCUGGAGAGGACACUUCCCCAGCCACAGACCAUGCUGGUGUGAGGCAGCAGCCUGAGGUGCUCCUUUGUGAAGGGUCACAGCAUAUCACUCCCCUGCCUCUCACCACUGUUGGGAAGGAAUGCAUUUCAGGUGUCCCCAAUCCCUCCCGCCCUGAGUGAACACACCCCCAGACAAAACCUCUAAGGGGGCCAAGGGGAAGGGAGCAGCCCAGGCCCCUUGCAAUGCUGAGAGAGGUGCAGCCAGCAAGGAGGCAAGUGGCUCAUCUGUCAGUUCUAACCAUGAGGAGCUGGUGUGCGCCUACCACGCCCACAGCCACACCAAUGGAGGGCCAACGACACCCAAGUCUGGCCAGUGUGUGGUGACAAGUAGUGAGGUCACCACUGAAUCUGACACACCUGCUGAGCCUGACCUGGUGUCUUUCUGUGCUGCCCUGGGCAACAACUGAGCCCUGUGAGUCCCUGCCCUCUUCAAGCCAGACGGGGACUACCAGACUGUGGCUGACAUGGUGGGUGGCGGUCGCUCCAGGACAGAGUCAACCACCAGUCACGAGGAAAGUUUGGACGAGGCCAGAAGUGCGUCAUCCCACCACAGGUCACGGGGACAGGAACUGUUGGCCAGGCAGGGUCACCAUCCCUCCCACGGCGACCCGGAUUAUAGCUACGCUCACCCUGUGAAGAAGCAGUGCCUUCCCCCACCCCUCCACUGUCCUCCACUGACAGCAACAGGUGUAUGAGUUAGUGAUAGUGAGGUCACUGACAGACAGACUCGCCAAAUUGUUCAUUAGUAAAAGUUCCGUGGCCACUAAGUUUGUAAUUUGCUCUGUGUCUAUUUUUCCAGCCUUUUUAUUCAUUGAUGUACACUUUUGCCUUUCACUGCUUCCUCCUUUAAUCCAUUCUAUAUCUUUAUAUAUUUACAUGGAAAGAUAUGUUUGCAUUAUUUGAACAUUCUCUCUCUCUCUCUCUCUCUCUCUCUCUCUCUCUCUCUCUCUCUCUCUCUCUCUCUCUCUCUCUCUCUCUCUCUCUAAUAUUGAGGUUCAUCUCUUGUCCAUAACAAAAGGGCAUUUCUGUCUGGUUCCUCAGGUUGGUUGACUAACCCUAAAGCUGCAGGGGUUUUCACACAUUUCUCCAUUUCAUAUGUCACUACUCCUAUGUGGAAAGAUGUGUGUUAUUUAGGAAGCUCUCUUCUAUCCGAGUUUCUUUUAAUCUUUAUCAUCAUGUGUCAAAUCAUCCAGUUCUGGCACCAUCUUAGUGGUUGUUCUUUGUAUUCUUUCAAAUCUCUACAUGAAACAUCACUGAAUUAAUUAAGCUUAGCAGAAAUUAUGUGAUGUGCCCUACUGAUGCUGGUGUGAAGGUGAGGUGUUUGUAGUGAGCCGUGUGAUGCCUUCCCCAGUGCUGAAUAUGGAGAGGGCAGCCAGACCACGUACAGGCGACGCCACACACUGGAGUUUUUUGAAGUGGAGUGCGACCACUCUUCCAUCAAGCAAGUGGGAAGUGGACUGGCGCUGGUCCCUGUGUUGCACCGUCACCCAGACCAGCUGUCACCUGGCAGUACAGGCAGUGCCACGUAGUGUAUCACUCAGCCUGUUAUGUACUGCCCUUGGCACAGUGUGUGAUAUCAGACUGCAGGAGUGGAGCCUCUGGAGCAGCUGAUGGCUGACCUGGAGCUGGAGAAGAUGGUUCAGGAUGCCAGCAAGACAGCUCUUUGACACUUCCAGUAGUGGUAGAAGCCUCCCAUCACCACCCUCACUCCUCUGCCACUGCUGACCACAACACUGAGGCUGUAUUCUUCAGGACCUGAUUGUUGCUUGGACUUGAGGCUUCCCUGCUUGGGACUGGCAGUUCUGCAAACAGCUGUUAGUGACAGCGUCCGCAGGACAACAGUGUAGGUGGUGUCCUCUGGAGGUUCUUCACCUGCAUGGAACUAAGUCCACCUGUUGUAAUACUUGAAUGCGUAAGUGCUCAUCUUGAAGAUUUUAAUUACUGCAGUGGUCACCAUCUCAGACCUGACUGCCACAGGUACUUACUGUACACACUGCUAUCUAUAAUCCAGUGCUUAGCAGUUUCUUAGUUAUGGUUAUCAACUAUCUGGAUAAAUUUUACACAGCAACAUUAAAUUACAACAUGUACACAACAGCAAACUUUGGAGGGGUUUUAAGCAUUGCUACCAUCAGUCCGACCUAGCUAACCAACCUAACAACCUACCCUAACCUAACUCUUCCUCAACAAUGUAGAACAUAUAUUUAACCUCAACAGUGAAGAACAUGUUUAAAAUGAUUUUCUUUUUUCUAGAAGUUUGGAUCCCAAAGGGUGAGCAGAAAAAAUUUUUCUCCCAUUAUGCAACAAAGUCAUUUAGGGAAUUUGGUCAUAUUACUUAAAGCAAUGUCUAAAACAUUAGUUAACUAAAUUCCAUAUGCAAUUUACAGUUUGGUCAAGAUAAAAUAAUAAGCAAAUAUGCUAGUGGGCUAAUUUUUACUCCCACCAGUUUUCUAAUGUGGAUGAAACUGUUUAUUUCUCGUAUUUUUUGGCCUGUUUUGAAUCAAUAUGGUUCUUGUUUUUAUGGAAAUCAUUAGCCAUUAUUUUUUACUCCCUGGAAUACUAUGAUGAUUGGUGGCUGUGGGCACAUAACAGUUUAUAAACAAUGUCUCAUGGCAUUCUUGGUGAUAACACAAAGCCUUCCUGUGAUUGGCUGCCUUGCGUGUUACAUUGAAUCAGUGACAUAUCGCCUCCGGCAGCCAAUGAGCACUCUCAGAUGCAUCCUCUCCUCUGGGCAGCAAUGACUGCUGCCACUGCUGCUGCUUGAUCAAGGAGUGAGGAUCCACACUUCCAGAUUCUAACAAUGCAACACCAGACAUCUCUGUAAAGGAUUGACAUUGAUGAUUGACAAAUUUAAAACCUUUUGAGUGAAUGAAAUGCAAUAAAACUCAAGUGAAGACG